GUCCUGCGACGCGGUCGGGUCCUCGCGCCACGCUUCGCGCCCUGUGGUCUUCCCUCGCCGCGCUGUGUGUUGUGUUACGGUGGCGUCCCAGAGCGCUCUGGACCUGGACCGGUGGUGCGACGACGUCAUGGUGCACGUCUUCGGCCUGGCCGCGCACCCGACGUUCAGCUACCAGGAGCCCAUUAUGACCCGUAGCAUCCAAGUGAAGGCAGCGGAGGCGGCAGACCCCAGGGGUGACCGCAAGCUGUUCGUGGGCAUGCUCAGUAAGACACAGACUGAGGAGGACGUCAGACAGCUGUUUGCGCCGUACGGAACCAUAGAGGAGUGCACCGUGAUUCGCAGUCCGGACAACACGAGCAAAGCCGGUUGUGCCUUCGUCAAGUUCUCCUCGUCCCAGGAAGCAGCUUGCGCCAUCACUGCCCUCCAUGGCAGUCAGACUAUGCCCGGCGCCUCGUCGAGUCUAGUGGUCAAGUACGCCGACACGGACAAGGAGCGGCAGCUUCGCCGCAUGCAGCAGAUGGCCGGCAACAUGAACGUGCUCAGCCCCUGGGUGUUGAACCAGUUCGCCUCGUUUAGCAACUACGCCCAGCAGCAGGCGAUCGUGGCCGCCACGGCGUCGCCCUACAUGGCCUUGACGCCGCUGCCGCACCCCCUGGGACCCGGCGGGCCCGGCGCCGUGCCGUCAGGACAGGCCGGCACACUGCCCAGCCUGCCGUCGCCCACCAUGCCAAACUUCAGCGUGGCCGCCCAGCCGCCACAGCCGUCCGCGUCCGAGUCGCCCGUGUACACGGCGGGCCUGGCGCCACAGGCCUACCCGAACCCCGAUGUCUCCGACCAACAACAGGGAAUCGAGGCUCCCCCAGUGAUGAGAUUGAAUAACUUUUGUGUAGAUGGCCUUGCUCUGUCAAUUGCAGCGCAAGCGCUGACUAGCGGAGAGGCCGCGCUCCACCCUGCCGCCUACUCGGCCCUGGCGCCCUUCCCGCCUGUAGCAUAUCCUGCCCCCGUGUACCCACCGUUCACACCGACUGUUGCGCCACCUGGCUGCCCACCUCCUCAUCAGCAGACAAAUCUCAUUGCCACUGGAGAAGGUAGAUCAAUCGACAGAGGCAACAAAUUCGGUCCAGAUGGCUGCAACCUGUUCAUCUACCACUUACCUCAAGAGUUUGGCGACGCGGAGCUGUGUCAAAUGUUCCUAUCGUUCGGCCUUGUAUUGAGUGCUAAGGUGUACAUUGACCGAGUCACAAAUCAGAGCAAGUGUUUCGGUUUUGUAUCUUUUGACAAUCCAUCAAGUGCUCAAGCUGCCAUUGCAGCAAUGAAUGGUUUCCAAAUAGGAAUGAAAAGGCUCAAAGUCCAGCUCAAGAAGCCCAAAGAUAUAGGCAGGCCUUAUUAAGCUCAAUUUCUCGCAUAGGAAAUCUAUGCAAGCAGUCCGCUUUCACCAUUGAAAUUUCACUGGAAAGCGCGCAGUACUUGUUUUGUUACCAUUCCUUAUAGGAAGCCUUCCGCAUUUUACGCAUUCUACUCGACUGACUUGAGUAGAUGCACUUUGCGUCCUUAAACUAAUUGCAGUGGAAGGGAGCAUUAGGAAAAGCCGUUUUUAUUCUUGACUUGUUGCGCAUUUCAUUGAUUGACUUGCACGUUCUCAAAUUUGAACUGUUUAACAACGUCAAAUGAUGUACCUGAUCAAUCGAAGGUAGCAACCGUCAACUUAGAACGGAGACAUUGCUUGACAAAAUCUUCGUACAAUUGUUUAAAAAUGAUGCAAAAGGGUGUAGAAAAUAAGUAAAGUACCAACCAUAUGACAUACAAGAUAUAUUUAUUUAUUCAUAACUCAUUUACUGUAGGUAUAAGUAUAGUAACGUUUACUAAUUCAUUCUGAAUUCAGUUUCAUAAAGAAACUGCCAGAGAGCUCUCUCAUAAUUCUUGUAUUAUUAUUAUUAUUAUUAUUAUUAUUAUUAUUAUUAUUAUUAUUACAGUGAUUUUAUAGUGAUAUUCUAUCUACGAGGCUAAUACUGCGAGUUUUGACGUGAUUUACUCUCAAUUUAGUUGAUUAGCACAUGUUGGAUUUAUUAAAAUUUUAGGAGCUUGCAUGCUCACUGUUUGGUUAUCUCUUUUUUAAAAAAAGGAAAUCUAGUCAUCAGUAGUUGAUAAUAGUCGAUUUUCAAGAGUUUCAGUCUUUUAAACCUGUGUAGCUUUAAUCUAUACAGAAUCACUGUAAUUUUAUAGUCCUAACUGUUACAAUUUAUCAUUUUCUCGGAAUGUACAACUCCCUGAUAGUACAUUUGCGUACUAGUUCAGGUCUGAUGUUAUGACUGACACCCAAGCUGACCCUUGUUUUCCCAAUACCAUCUUUCUCCGAGGCCUACUUGCUUGUUAGUUACGAAGGUGGCUGCUCUUUCUCUAACAAUAUAAUGAACCAAUUUUUCAUUUAUCUACGAAACUCCUUUGACCAAAAUUGCACAUUCCCCUGUAUCCCGUUUCAAUACUUACUAUCAUUCCUCUGGCAUGUGCUUUCAUCCAGUUAUUACAUGUUAAGUCGCCAACCGUUUUGGAGUUUGUACAAUUGACGGGCAAAGACAUACACAAAUUCAGAUUAAUCGUGCUUAUUCCUCAUAAUGUGGUCACACAAUGAAUGACGCCAGUCUGUUAGGUGCCAACAAGUUGUGAUAUAAAAUACUUUAAGUUUUGCAUACUCAGUUCCGUCAAGAAUAUUCUGUCUUGAAAAGACUAGACAUGUCUAGCGAUUCCGGUUUCAUCAUAUGGUAACCAACCCCUUAACUUGGUUCCACCUUCGUAUUAAGUAAAAGUACAAGUGGUUAUUUUAGAUUAAUUCGUUAACUGUAGUUUGCCGCUAUUCGUUUAAGUAUUACGAUAGCACCCCCUUUUCUCGUUUUCCGUAAUCACUUAGUAUAAACAUUAUUGAAUAUUAUUGAAAUAGUAAUCGCAGGUAUCUAAUUUGCUGGCGCACUCGAAUGUAUUACCGAGGCACCACAAUUUCUUGGUCAAUUGUUUUCAGGGUGUGAAAUUAAGCACACAGCAAAGAGUGGUCUUUAUGCUUUAACACAGGGUAUUGCAUAUUCAUAUUUUUGUCCCAUUCGUACUGAGCUACGACAUAGUACUUUGUUAAAAUGUCAAGUUUUCGUAAACUUAAUGAAGGGAAGAACCGCCCAACCGUUUUUAUCAUAACUUAAUAUUUAUUAAGUUACGAACGCGCACCGUUUGUUUCAAAUAUUGCCUAUCUGGGAUAAAACUCCUCUUAUUAGUGAUUCUUGUAAGGACAGUGAUCCUAAACAAAGUCACUUAAUCUUUCCCUCGCUCGCCGGCACUCGUCAGAUUAACUUCGUGCACGUUCCUUUUCCGUACAUCGCUUUACUCCUAGUGUGCGCGGUUAUGCUAGCUCAUACGCGUCUUACAAAGUAGACUCAAAGGCAUUUCUAUUUCUGCCUGGUGCUCUUCAUUGAAUGCUGCCUCCCGAAACUCCAAGGCCUAUUAAGCGAUAAGCAAUGGCUUUGGUUCUCUGAAAUCUCGAGCUAUUUCAUAUUGCUAAUCGAGAAAAAGUGUGACAAUAAUAUAGGAUUCAUAACGUUAUCCUUUCGACACAAAUUAUUUGUAGCUUCGAUAGUUACCAAUGACAGUGACAGACGAAUUGGAAACAGCCACCCUUUUUGACCCGAAUCAGGCACCCUACCAUUUUCCACUGGCCUCGGUAAUGGUUUGCCGUCCUUAAAGCGCCGUGGUAUUUUUGGCCCCUAAAUUUGUCCUCACCCUCGAUUUCAAAAUUUCAAAAUUUGCCUGUAUGAUGCUGGUCUGGGGAAUGGCUCCAUCUCGUGGAUUAUCAUUGUGUCACGCUCGCUUAGCAGUCCAAAGAAAGUGUAAAGUUUAAGAAUGUCACAGCCUUACAGUAACAACAUUUAUCGAUAGGUUCAGUACUUAUUCUCACGACCACUUUGUAGUUACAUGCGAUCCUUAAACGCCUAAUUUAUCCAAUUUUUGUAAGAUACUAAUUAAGAUAACAAUUAUUUCAUGUAGAGUAUACGUUUUGAUAUAUGACACUAUUCUUGUAUUUAAAACAGAUAUUGCCUUGCGGGGUGCGCUCUCCCAACAAAACUAUCUUGUUGUCUGUUAAUUUUGUUAUGAGACUACUGGCAUUCAGCACUUUAUGCCAUUUUGCCUGUAUUCGGAACAGGAUCUGGCGCUUUUAAGAGCUGCUUAAACAGUACGCGGCAGAGAUUGCACACAUUUAAAAAGAAGGAACACUAGUCAUUUCUGUAUAAUUUCCAAUAAUGGCGUAGGUUCAUAUCAAUAUUAUUCUAGGAAUUAUGGCCACAAUCGGAUUUCUCUUCGAUUUCGCACCGUGGCCAGUACAACUGAAUAGUAAAAUUGAGUAAAGAGUAUUCGGGCUGGGAUUGCCCCGGUAAACCACAGCCUGAUGGGCCGGAACGGGACCACGAUAGCAGACCCCAUCGGUCAUGCAAAGUGUUCUAUUAUUACGUUUAGCAGGAGAGAACAUUAGGUCUGGGUGCCCAUUCAUCAGCAGUGACGUAAGACGCCCUCUGCAUGGGAAGUUUGUGCAGUUCAGGGGCUUCAGUAGGACCAUGUUGGUAACAAUAACGGUUUCCUUCCUUCGAUGAAAUUUAUACAAUAACGUCAUUGAUUAUGUAUUUACUUUUUAUUACGAGCGAUAAAAGUCACUUUGGUGGUCCAUCUCUGUUACACUCAAGAACUCGUUCUAAAACUGUAACACACAUUAUGUACGUAUAUAAUUUUAUAAACGCGAAUUAAGUAGGAGACAUCUUUUGAUUAUAGUCGUGCAUUGCGGUCUUAAGGCGGUUUGGAGGUAUGAAUUAUCACUUUUUGAGAUUUAUGCACAAUGUAGUUAGUCACUCUUACAACUUAGUUAGAUUGUUUUUAAUUUUUGGGCAUUUUGACACCGUUGCGACUACAACUUGUGUCUCUAGUCUCCAAAGUGUAGGGACCAUUUGGUCAUACAUUUGUUUAUUAAAUGAGUGGGUUAUCUCAUAUCAUGGUAUUCGCACUCGUGCCAAAAAACAACCACGAAAUGUAACGCCGACUAGUGCUAGCACCACAGGAAUACUAAGUGCUAACUUUUUUUCUUUGUUUUACAUAAAAAAAACCGUGGACGAGUAUGGCCUCGUUGGAGAGCUAAUUAUAAUAUGGUAGUAAAUCGCAGCUCUAUCCAUUAUUGCAAAGGCUGCAUGGACGGGCCCGCCUGUUCUGUAGAACCUGUCUCAGUAAUUUAUAACGUACUUUGUAAUAUUAUUUAAAAAUAAAUAUUAUCAAACCGUUA